UCUGGAUUCAGCUGCUCUGAACUCUGCAGGAUAAAAUGAUUCGCUCCGCCAGGCAGACGAUGUUCCUCCUCCACCUGCUGCUGCUUCUGAGUGGCCUCUCUCUGGUUGCCAUGGGAACCUGGGUGACGGCGGGCGGCGGCCCCUUCCUCCACCUGCUGGCGCCGUUCUCCAACCACCUGCUGCGCUUCGUCAACAUCGGCCUCCUCUGCAUCGCCAUGGGAACCACACUGGUGCUGCUGGGAGCACUGGGAGGAUGUGCAGCUCACUGGGAGAGCAAGUGUCUGCUGCUGACUCUCUUCUCCAUCGUCCUCAUCAUCUUCAUCAGUGAGACGGCAGCUGGAGUCGUGGCUCUGGUCUACUCCUCCUUCGCUGAAGGCAUCCUCAAGGCGUGGGCGGUUCCCGCGCUGCAGAACGAUUACGGCAGCGAUCCGACGGUCACUGGGAUCUGGAACGCCACCAUGGCAGAGUUGAAGUGUUGUGGUUUCUCCAACUACACUGACUUCCUGGGGUCAGAGCUGGAGGAGCGGAACGGGACCGGCCUCCCGCCCAGCUGCUGCUCCACCAACAUCGCCCCCUGCAGCCCAGCAGAGGCGGCACGCUCACCUGUCCAGGGCUGCUUUGAUCCCAUCCUGAGGACCCUGAGGAAACACACCUGCGCUGUGGGAGGCGUGGCAGCAGCAGUGGGAGUCCUAGAGAUCGCUGCCAUGAUCAUCUCCAUGUACCUGUUCUCUCACCUGGAUGAGAAAGUCAGCUGAAGUUCCUCCUCCCAGCCUGCAGAGGCAGUAGAACCUGAUGCUGUCCUCCUCUUUGCUGCAACAUAAUUUUUAACACUUCCUGUUGAGGUUUAGCUUGAUUUCAAUUCAGUAGAGAAGUUUUAAAUACAUGUAUGAACU